AUGUUCGUCGGUCGGAUUUUACCGCUCUACACGCAUGGACGGAUCACGCAAGAACGCAUGAUGCCAACAAGACUAUUAGAAAAAAAUGAGUUCAAAAAUGCCAAAGCCCCAGACCCGUUUCUCUUUGUUGAGUGGCAGGUUUACCGUAGUCAAGGUAAUCACCGUCUAUGGUAUGAAAUUCGAUUGAAACAUACUAAUACACUCUUGACUUUCAAUUUUGAUGGGCUGAUUGCCAUAUCUGGCAUAAUCUCGCGAAUCCGGGUUCGCACUGGCGUGGCUGGUAUUGGGAGCCUUACCCUUACGUUAGUAGCCGCCCUGGUAAGGGCUCUUAAUCGAGGUGAUAUCCUCCGGUUACUUCAUGCUAAAGUAACCUAUUUCUUCAAAAGUAGGAGCUUCAAACUCCGUGUUUGUUGCGUGCCGCUCAAGUCUCGCGCGGAGCCUGGAUUGCUCUUCCUCUUUGCUCUAGUGAAUCCAAUGAAGAGUACCACCUAUCGGGCUACCCCUUAUUCCAUCAGCCAAAUCUCCGGGAGCAUAUGA